UCUAUCGGAUGUCUCCAAACGAGCUUGAUGAGCUUCGCCGCCAACUCAAGGAACUCGUAGAGAAGGGUUGGAUCCGGCCGAGUGUCUCUCCUUACGGAUCUCCAGUACUAUUCGUACCUAAGAAGAAGAGGACAAUCUCAGGAUGUGCAUUGACUAUAGGGGCCUCAAUGCCAUCACUGUGAAGAACAGAGAGUCCCUACCGCGCAUCGACGAUCUGUUAGAUAGAGUGCAAGAGUGUCGGUACUUCAGCAAGAUAGAUCUGAAGUCCAGGUACCAUCAGAUUGCAAUUCGGCCCGAGGAUCAACACAAAACCGCUUUUCAGACCAGGUACGGUCUGUACGAGUUUGUGGUGAUGCCUUUUGGCCUUUGCAAUGCUCCUGGCACCUUUCAACACGCUAUGAAUAGGAUAUUCCAUGACUACUUGGAUAAGUUUGUCAUCAUGUACCUCGUACUUAUUUUUAGUAAGAUUGUCGAGGAACAUGUUGCACACUUGAACAAAGUCCUCGGUCUCCUGCGACAGCACAAGUUCAAGAUUAACGGUGAAAAGUGUGAGUUUGGCCGUACCCGUGUCUUGUACUUGGGUCAUGAGAUCUCCACGGAAGGGUUGAAGCUCGAUGACGCGAAGGUGGCCAGCAUUCGUGAUUGGCCACGUCCUCAGUCUGUGACUGAGAUGAAAUCUUUCUUAGGAAUGACAGGCUACUAUAGAACUUUCGUGAAGAACUAUAGCAUAGUGGCCGCUCCUUUGACUGAUCUGACCCGCCUUGACACCCCAUGGGAGUGGACAGAAAAGUGCGAGGUUGCUUUCAGACAUCUGAAGCAUGCAUUAACUCACUAUGAAGUCUUAAAACUUUCUGAUCCUGACAAGCCGUUCAUAGUCACCACGGAUGCCAGCAAGUACGGCAUUGGCGCCGUGCUCGCGCAGCAGGAGGGGCCAAAGUUGAGGCCAGUUGAGUACAUGUCUAAGAAAAUGUCGUCUCAGAAGUUGGCUAAGUCCACUUAUGAGAAGGAACUUUAUGCGGUGUACAAAACUCUCACCCAUUGGAGACAUUAUCUCCUUGGGAGGUUCUUCAUCCUCAAGACUGAUCAUCAAACCCUGAAAUGGAUGAGAACCCAGUCGGUACUCUCUGACGCUCUCAAGCGUUGGAUCGAAGUCAUAGAGCAAUAUGACUUUGACCCUCAGUAUCUCAAAGGGGAGUAUAACAAGGUUGCUGACGCCCUUUCGCGCAGACCAGACUUCUCAGGUGCGUUGAUUACUGAGUUCAGUCUUACGGACAAUGUUACUCAAUCUUUGGUGGAAGCCUAUCGCGAGGACCAGUUUAUGUCUGAGAUCAUACGCAGACUUGAGGCGAAGGACAAGAAGACGUCCGCCGAGUUUGAGUUGGUCAAUGGAUUGCUGUUCCUAGAGAAGGCAGGGAAUAAACGCUUGUGUGUUCCAAAUAGCGAGUCUUUGCGUAGUUUGUUUCUAGGUGAAAGUCAUGAUGCCACCGGUCAUUUCGGGUAUAAGAAGACCGCAGCCAACUUGCUGCAACGAUUCUGGUGGCCCACGAUGAUGCGAGAUGCACAGCUGUACGUGAAGACUUGUCAAGUUUGUCAACGGGACAAGCCCCGUACCCAGGCUCCUCUUGGGCUACUUAAGCCCCUUCCGAUUCCGGAAAGGCUGGGUGAAAGCUUGUCCAUGGACUUCAUAGAUACGCUGGUCACCAGCAAGAGUGGGAUGAGGCAGAUCUUCGUCAUCGUGGACAGGUUUAGUAAGUAUGCUAGGUUAAUUGCCAUGCCGGAAACAACGAAGACCGAGUAUGUAAUCAGGCUGUUCAAAGAGAACUGGGUGAGGGAUUUUGGAUUGCCUAAGUCUAUUGUAAGUGACAGGGAUGUCAGAUUUACAAGUGAGUUAUGGAAGGCCGCUGCAGCUGAACAGGGAAAUCAACUGCAAAUGACUUCUGGAAACCAUCCAGAAGCAAACGGCCAGGCUGAACAGAUGAACCAGGCUGUUCAACACCUGUUGAGGCAUUACAUUAAGCCCAACCAGGUGGACUGGGACGAGAAGCUUGCUCUUGUCGCCAGUCUAUAUAAUAACGUUGUACACAGCGCUACCGGGAAAAUGCAGGAGGUUGUGGAGCACAUGCAGAAGGCGCAGCCAACAAUGAUAGAAUCUGAGAAUAAACAUCGCCGCCCUUUUACAUUUCAGGUUGGGGACAGAGUCUGGGUCAAGUCUUCAGAACUGGGACAGGAGUUCGGGAUAUCCCGCAAACUCAUGCCUCAGUACUUUGGACCUUGGGAAGUUUUAGACGUAGUAGGGACAGAUCCUGAUGGUCCAUCUUAUGUCAUCCGUAUCCCUGGUCAUCUCAGAACUUACCCUGUUUUUCACGCCUCUAAGCUCGCUGUGUUCGGGGAAACUGAUCAGUUUCCCUCUCGUCGUUCGAUGCUGCCCCCAACCAUGGAUGUAGAGGUCGACAUUGACGAUAUCAUCGACCAUAGAGAAAUGCCUGUGCAGAAGCCUCCAGGAAGGGGACGUCGUCCAAAGCCAAAGCUGCAGUUCCGUGUCCACUUCAGACAUCAUACAAAUCCGAAGGAGGACCGCUGGUUUACUCGGGAGGAAUUGAUGCAGACCGCUCCUCAAAUCGUUGCCCGCUAUGAGACAGAUGUAUUGAAAGGAAAGCGCCAGAUGGCGGCAGAUUGAUCUUCUUAGAGGACUAACGAACAUAUGGAGGAGGGAAUGCGAGGCUACGCCCGCUUAGCCCCUACGGG